CGCUGGCAGUCUAUCCUCCUCCUCCCAUUGCACCUAUCCCCACUUUUACCAUGGAUAAAUAUGUCUUUUUCUGUGAAGAUAUCAGCUAUGUGGAGUCAAAUAUCGGAGCCUUCAUUCGUUCCUCUUUACAUCAGAAAGUUGUCGCGAGCCUCAAUCUUUACCGUCUGGAUUCAUUGCUCUUUCCCUCUAUGACUUCCCUUUUCCCCCGACUUUCCCCUACUCGAGGGCAUUUCAUGUGUACUCUGCUACAAUUAUUGGAGAAUCUUGGGGAAUGUUUCCCCCUGGUGCCGUUUCGGAUGUGGCACGGCCAAGACUGCACAUCAUCUCUUCGUGUCUUGCCCGAAGUUUGCAGCCCUUCGUGAAUGCUACUCUGCCCAUGUGCAUGACUGCCUGAACAAAAUGUCUAAUACUGAUGAACUCUGCUCCAUCUCCUUGUAUCGUCUCCACUACCUCGCCGAUAAUUUAUUCUCAGACAAUGCCGUCGUAUGGCCUCUGGGUCAGUCUCAUUACUACGUCGGCCUGGUCCCCCAACUAUACGCAUUUGUUCCCGCUCACGCUUCUUGGUCUCCGGCACUGCGAGAACUGUUCCUGUGUAAACUGGCUCAGUCCUGACAUACCUUUGCGAUUCAACUCACAGGACGCAUUUGGGGUUAUGUGCAAUGACUCGCUGCUUCUAAUGACGGCUCUAGUGUCUCUCAUCAUACUCCCUCCCUUCCUCUUCUGCUCCAUUUACAGUAUCUUCAAUCCCAAAUGCCUGUUUAAAUUCUAUUCCCUAUGUAAUAUCUUAUAUACCUGAUGCUUACUCCCAUGCCUACAUCUAUGCUUUCCCAUCCUUGUCUACACUUACCACCUUCUUCUCAUACUUCUUCCUUUUCUCUUACUCUACUUUGAGUUGACAAGUUAGUGUAUACUUACCUAGCUGAGUUACUUAUGUAACGUAGUUAGCCAAUCGCAGCACUUUCCAC